AAGAGGAAGAGAUUUUUAAAUAGAACUGUUUUAUCUGAUAACAGAAAAAUGUCGGAUAUUAUAGAGGACGACAAACGAAGCGAAGCCUCCCCAAAACCCUCCUCCCAAUUGACUCCCUUCAGCAUCGCAGACAUACUCAGCAGAAGAACUUCUUGCGCUGAGCGACGAGCCUCGGAGUCGGAAGAGGCGCGAGUCGCGACGUCGUUCACGAGGAAGCCCCAUCGAGAGUACGACGAGAACGAGCACAAGGAAAGUCAGUCGGAGGAUCGUAAUCAGAUGGCGAGAUUCUCGAGGCUACCUUCGCCGGAUCUGAGCGUGGCCCGAGAAUUGGACAUCCUGACGAGGAAUCUGGUCCACGCCAACAUCUCUAACUUCGGGACUAUACCCCACUUGGCGCAGGGAACGUUCAAGCACCUCGAGAAUCUAGGAAACAUGGGUGGUUAUCAGCCGGUGAAGGACUCGAGGGAAGCUUUGCAGAGGCAGCAAGACGAGGCGUUGGACAUGAGCAAGAAUAAAUAUUUGGAGGACGGAGAGGAGGAUAUGUACGAGGCCCAGAAUCACGGGCAGAAUCUUCAGAGCAGGAAGAAACGGAGCAGAGCGGCGUUCUCUCAUGCGCAGGUUUACGAAUUGGAGAGAAGAUUCGCGGCGCAGAAAUACUUGUCGGGCCCGGAACGAGCGGACCUGGCGCGGGGAUUGAAGCUGACCGAGACCCAGGUCAAGAUCUGGUUUCAAAACAGACGGUACAAGACCAAAAGACGGCAGCAACAGGAGCUAGGCGCUCUGGUUAAUUCCGGAAACGCGAGGCGCGUCGCGGUUCGAGUCCUCGUGCAUCCGGACGAGCAUCUGAGGGGAUUGCCACUUCGUGGUUCCGGCCAACUUCCCGGGCAAAUGUCAGCCCCGCAAAUUCAUCCGGCGAACAAAGCGCUCGGCGGUUUCCCAUACUACUGCCUCCCCUAUCAUCCCCUGCUCUGCCCGCCCCUUCACUCCACUCAUAUUCAGGUGCAAAACACGAUCGCGCCGGACCUAGAUCCGAGCCAAUUGGCCAAACUCAACGACGAGAAGUAAAUCGAAAAUUUCCCUGAUUUCGGAUCGGAUCGAGAUAUUAAAGUGGUAUUCGGCUGAAAUUGCGAAUUGGGAUUGUUCGAACGUUCAGCUUGUGUACAGGGUGUUAAUAAAAUUUGCGAAACAUCUCUCUCGGAAGGGUUCGAUUCUAGAAACGAA